AUGGUGAUAACCAAAGAAGUUGAUCUUCCUACAUUUGAAAGUCUCACCGUAGACGAGUUGAAAUUAUCAACGUCUACGCUGAUUACGGCCGGGCCCCACCUCGGCAAGGCUUGCGAGUCCGUCAACAAUGAGUUCAUGCUGUGUCGGCAAGAGUUUAACGAUCCUCGGCCCUGCGUCGACCUCGGGAAACGCGUCACAGCCUGCACUUGGGAGUUCUUCAAGCGCGUCAAGCAAAAUUGCGCGCACGAGUUUAACCAGUUCGCCAAUUGUGUAGAUAAGAGCUCGGGAGACUACGCUUUCGGCCCGUGUCGCAAGACUCAGACAGCGUUUGCUGAUUGUAUGGACGUAAAGCUUUGUAUCAAGCCUCCGCAUUUCGGGUACUUUACUCGGGCUCGCGUGCAUACAAGCCCGAGCCCGGCGCCCGAGGGCCCGCCGUGCCCGUGCCACCCCGUAGUGCCAGACGCGACGCCUUCGCUGCCGGACUGCAAGCCGAGGCCGCCAGCACGCUUCGGAGGUCGCCUCUAUUGGUUUACUGAAUGA